ACCAUUCUUUCACAGAACCAAAACACACUAGUAAGAAAAACAAUGAGGUCCCUAAUGGCCUCCUCAGCUUCUCUCAUUCUUGCAUUAGCCAUACUCUUUCUCAGUUUCCCAUCUGAAAUUUCAGCCAAAGACUAUUCUUACUCCUCACCGCCACCACCAAAGGCUCCAUACCAUUACUCAUCUCCUCCACCUCCACCAGUUCACACCUACCCUCCUCAUCCACACCCAAUCUACCGCGAUCCACCACCACCGGUUCACACCUACCCUCCCCAGCACCCAGUCUACCACUCUCCUCCACCACCAACACCGCACAAGAAGCCAUACAAGUAUCCAUCUCCUCCACCACCACCAGUGCACACCUACCCUCAUCCUCACCCUACCUACCAUUCCCCACCACCACCACCACCACACAAGAAGCCAUACAAGUACCCAUCUCCCCCACCACCACCAGUUCACACCUACCCUCACCCACACCCAGUCUACCACUCUCCACCACCACCACCAACACCUCACAAGAAACCAUACAAGUAUCCAUCACCACCACCACCAGUUCACACUUAUCCACCUCAUGUUCCCCAUCCAGUUUACUAUUCUCCUCCUCCACCAGUCUCUUCCCCACCUCCACCAGCCUAUUACUACAAAUCACCUCCUCCACCUCACCACCACAGAUGCUUUAAGAAUUUACCUAUAAAAUGGGGUUGCCCCACCACCUUUCUUUCACGGAAACAACAAUACACACUAGUAAGAAAAACAAUGAGGUCCCUAAUGGCCUCCUCAGCUUCUCUCGUUCUUGCAUUAGCCAUACUCUUCCUCACUUUCUCAUCUGAAAUUUCAGCAAAAGACUAUUCUUACUCCUCACCGCCACCACCAAAGGAUCCAUACCAUUACUCAUCUCCUCCACCUCCACCAGUUCACACCUAUCCUCCUCAUCCACACCCAAUCUACCGCGAUCCACCGCCACCAGUUCACACCUACCCUCCCCAGCACCCAGUCUACCACUCUCCUCCACCACCAACACCGCACAAGAAACCAUACAAGUACCCAUCUCCUCCACCACCACCAGUGCACACCUACCCUCAUCCUCACCCUGUCUACCAUUCCCCACCACCACCACACAAGAAACCAUACAAGUACUCAUCUCCCCCACCAUCACCAGUUCACACCUACCCUCACCCACACCCAGUCUACCACUCCCCACCACCACCACCAACACCACACAAGAAGCCAUACAAGUACCCACCACCACCACCCGUUCACACCUACCCUCCCCAUGUUCCCCACCCAGUUUACCCUUCUCCUCCUCCUCCGGUCUACUCCCCACCUCCACCACACUACUACUACAAAUCACCUCCUCCACCUUACCACCACUAG